CCCCAACAUGAUAUUUGUUUCAGUGAGCAAACAGGGUCUUGUUUGCCGCUUCUCCAAUUAGGCAAUGAACCAAAUCCAAUCACUGCAAUUAGGGUUGAAGAGUUUAUUCUCAAUCUCACUAGUUGCUCCCAGGAAUCUUCGAGUUAAAGCGACAAUAGCUAGGUUGCCUCAACGACCCGUUUCCAGUUCCACAAAGAAGCCCGUGCUCAAAGGAGCAAUGGGUUCAAACCCAAUUCAUCAGAAACCUGUUAUAAAGGAGAUUGAGAGUUUGAGAGAUGAUCUCUCUAAGAUUGAGGCAAUGACAGUUGAACAACUCAGGACAACACUGAGGAAGAUAGGGGCCUCUGCCAAAGGUCGAAAAUGCGAACUUGUGUCUUCCUUGAAGUGCUUUCUGGAAAAUAAGAUAGAUGGUGAAAGUUCUCAGGUAAUAGAAGAGCAUGUAUCCUCCACCAUUUGUGUUGAAACUGUAUCAGCCAACACCGAGACUGAAACUUUAUCCAAUGGAGACCAAGUUCAGAAUGUCAACACUGUUUCGGAUGUUCAGAUACGCCAAGGGAAUAAGCGGAGGUCAUCAUUUAAGAGUAAAACUGUUGAGGGUGAUACUAAGGUUGUAAAGAAAGAGAAGCUAUCGAAUGAAUCAGAUGAAGUUUCAGUUGAGAACCUAUCAAGGACAAGGAGGAAAGUAUCUUCAAAAGCUGCAAGUAUUGCUGUCAUAACCGAUGAUAAGGUAGCUGAACCAUGGACAGUUUUGGCGCACAAGAAACCUCAGAAAGAUUGGAUUCCUUAUAAUCCUAAAACCAUGAGGCCCCCAGAGCUCACUAGGGAGACUAAAUUUAUGAAGCUUAUGUCGUGGAACGUCAAUGGUUUAAGGGCAUUAUUAAAGUUAGAGGGAUUCUCUGCUUUGCAACUUGCCAAAAGAGAAGAUUUUGAUGUAUUAUGUCUGCAGGAGACCAAAUUGCAGGAGAAGGAUGUCGAAGAUGUGAAGAGGUCUCUCAUAGAUGGCUAUGAGAAUAGCUUCUGGACAUGUAGUGUUUCCAAGCUCGGUUACUCAGGAACUGCGAUUAUUUCCCGGGUAAAGCCACUUUCAGUUAGCUAUGGACUUGGCAUAUCCGAUCAUGAUAGUGAGGGCCGAAUCGUAACAGUAGAGUUUGAUUCAUUUUACCUGAUAAGUGGAUAUGUUCCUAAUUCUGGAGAUGGUUUGAGGAGACUGACAUACAGGAUUACAGAAUGGGAUCCAUCUCUCAGUAAUUACAUGAAAGAGCUGGAAAAGUCGAAGCCUGUCAUUUUAACUGGUGAUCUGAACUGUGCGCAUCAAGAGAUAGACAUUUAUAACCCAGCUGGAAAUAUAAGAAGUGCUGGGUUUACAGAUGAAGAAAGGCAAUCCUUCAGGACAAACUUUUUAUCCAGGGGAUAUGUGGAUACUUUUAGAAGGCAACACCCUGGUGUUGUUGGCUACACAUACUGGGGCUAUCGACAUGGUGGACGCAAAUUUAACCGAGGGUGGCGGCUCGACUACUUCCUAGUCUCAGAAUCUGUAGCUGGCAAGGUUCAUGACUCGUAUAUUCUGCCUGAUAUUAUUGGUAGCGAUCAUUGUCCUAUAGGCCUUGUAAUUAAGCUGUAGGUGGGCAUCACAAAUGGCUUCAAGUAAAACUCCCAAGG